UGCGGGGAUUUAAAGCUAGCCGCUGGAGCGGUGUGUGAGAGCAGAUCGCUGGCCGUGUUUGGUGUAGUUCGAGCCGCAGCAGAGGAGCACUACUACGCGGUCGGUCGGUCGGUCGGUCGGACGGACGGACGGACACAUACUCUGCACAAACACCGUGCUCCGCUUUGUGAACAUGUCCGUCCAGGGGAUGAUGAUGAUGUGCGAAGCGCGGCAGCUCCGUAAAACAAACACCUCGGCAUGAUCGCGAAGUGCGUCCGUGUCGCCGCGCAACGCAGCUUUUCUCGGCGUUUCGGACGCGUUUCGCCGGGGUUUCCAGCGCGGACGUACGGCGAAAAGGGCCGCGCGCUCUCCCCCGCUCGCGUGCGCGCGCUCGCCCGCCUCCCUCUUUAUCUUUUGUCGCUUCCUUGAGCCGUGAAGAGGAGCAGCUGCAGCCCGGCCGGCUUCUUCAAAUUUAUCCCUUUGUGUAUAUUACAAUAUCCUCCAUUUUUUUUCGCUCGCGCUCUCUGCCCUCUAAACAACAAGCCUCUCGCCAUCUUGGUUUGCAGGGCAGUGAUGUCACAGAGCUGAAGACACACUUGAACAAUAUGGAGUCUGGAGAGCGGCCUCCGUCCUCCGUGCACAGCACCUCCUCCGCCGCUGCCUCCUCCCCAGCCCCCUCCUCCAAGCCAGGCUUGGUCCCAGUCCCUGCCGCCCUCAGCUCCCCUCUCAACACCUGUGGACAUUUGUUCCGGACAACCAACGAUCAACCUUUUAGCAUGUCCUCCGUCUCAAGUGCCUUCCCCAUGAUGAACCACCCAGCCUUUGGCCUUUACACUAGUAGCUCAGGGCGGUCAGAAUUUGGAGGCCUGGGCACGCUUGGUGUCUCUGCUGCCCUUGCAGCUCACUCUCAGCUGGGAACAUUUCCAGAGUGGUGGCGGGCAUCUGAGGCUCCUGGGCGGGGCACCACCGCCUUCUUCUCCCCCAUCCUUGGCCUCCCUCCGAUGUUCACGCCUCCCAUGCAGAACCACGACUCCAGUCCUUUCCAUUCUCGGACGCCGAGCAAGAAUGGACGGGGCUCCUCCAAAGGGGUGAAUGGCGCAGUGAACGGGAGCAGUGUCAAUGCUUCCUCUGGGGGGAACCCUGCCCCUGCCAUGCCUCCAGCACUGGGGGCAUCUGAGCAGCCCAAAGCCACUAACUCCAGCAGUCGGAGUCGCAAAGGUGUACAGGAGGGGGGCCAAAUCGUGAAGGAGAAGCCUAGUCAGAAAACUAAAGACAAGAAGCUCCGCAAGAAGACAAUGGAGUGUUCCAGCAACAGUGACAGUGAAUCUGGAUCUUCCUCCGAAACCUCAAGUGAAGGGGUCAGUAGCAGUGACUCAGACUUGGAUGACGAGGAUGAUGAGGAAGAAGAUGACGAUGACGAUGACCAGAGUAACGAGACUGAUGAUUCAGAUUCUGAGAGGGACACGCGGGUCGACGUUGGUGAGGGUAAGAAGAAUAUGCCCAAACUUGUUGAAGACUUGGAGCACCAGGAGAGCACGGGGAACCUGCCCCGUGGCUUUUCCACUGAGUCACCGGCUGCUGCCCACUUCCCAAUUCAACCCUCAAGUCAGCCACAGUCCCUAGGUCUGGUCACUUCUUCCUCUGGCCCACUGGUUUUUCAAGGACCCAAGGCCAGGGAGGAGGGAGUGAAGCAACACCAGAGUGUUAUACAGGCAACUGGUCUGGCAGCCAGCGUCAAGCCCCUGGCCCUGGUCACACAGCCGCGCCAGGAGAACUCGCCCAAACCACUUUCUCCCUCGCCCAAGCCCCUCUGCCUCUCCACCUCGCCCAAGCCCCUCUCCCUCUCCACCUCACCAAAGCCCCUCUCUCUGUCUAACUCACCCCAGCCACUGUCUCUCUCCAGUUCCCCCAGACCUCCCUCGUUGUCUCCAUCUCCCAAAGUCAAAUCCUUGACCCCCUCUCCCAACCCCCCAACUCUCUCCCCUGAUGGGGUGAAGGCAACAACAAGGAGCCUCGUGGAGGAUUCAGUUUCCCACAUUGAUUUCAGAUUAAAGCAGCCAUUUUUCUCCCAGGAGCACUUAAAGCAGGUGUUUCCUGUCCAUCUGAAAAAACAGCAGGAGUCCCACAAGACCCAGAAGAAGGCAGUGUUGUUAUCCCUGCCCCCUCCCAAACUGUCCCCUGAGGUCAUGGACAGCCCUAAGCUGGCUAAUCCUCACAGCAACCACUCCAACCUCUUCCUUUCCAGCACCCUCCUUGGCCAUCAGCACAGCCACCACCACCCAAAUGGUGUGAUUCAGAGCACUGUUCAAGAUGCCCCUCUGGCCCUAAUCACUAAACCUCGCAGCCAGGCAAAGAGUCCCAGUAAGCCCAGUGUUGCUGCUCCUGGUGCUGCAUCCGAUGCUGCCCCAGUUGCACCUUUCUCCUUGCCAGUCAACUUGAGCAUGGGGCCGAAGAACCACACGGCUGCUUCCAUGGCACCCACGCGGACCACUACCUCACCCAGCCUGACCACCAUGCACAUAAAGAACAGGGUCCCCAAAGCCAUGACUCCAGGGAAAGGGGCACCACAGAGUCAUCUGGUUCAGUCCCUAGUUGACCUUUUCCGCAGCACAGAGUCUGAUAUCCCAAGUAGUAAGGAAUCAGAUGACUCCGUUGAGGAUGAGGAUGAUGAGGAUGAAGAUGAAGAUGACGAUGAUGACGAUGAUGACUCCGACAGCCCCUCAGAGUCAGAAAGCAAUUUUGGAAGUGACUCGGACGGCUCAGAGGAUGACAUGAAGGAUCGCAACGAGACUGGCACGGACACAGAGGGGGAGAAGAUACCCCUGAAACUCACUAAAAGUACCUCCUUGCAGAACACCUCUGCCAACCACUCGAUCAGCAGUUCCCCUCUUAAUCUCCAAGUCAUCAAGACUCCCAGCAUGGCAGCCUCCAGUGCAUUGACUGGCUCUGGAUCCCUAGCCUAUCACAGUGCUCCAUCUUCAUCCUUCACUGUGUGCACACAGCCAGGGUCGGCAAAACGGAGAAGAGUGACAGAUGAACGGGAGCUGCGCGUACCUCUUGAAUUCGGGUGGCAGAGAGAAACUCGAAUCAAGAAUGUCAACGGGCGCCUCCAAGGAGAUGUGGCGUACUACGCCCCAUGUGGAAAGAAGCUGCGUCAGUACCCAGAUGUUGUAAAGUAUCUAUCCAGAAAUGGAAUUACUGACAUCACGCGUGAUAAUUUUAGCUUCAGUGCAAAAAUAAGGGUUGGUGACUUCUAUGAAGCCAGAGAUGGACCCCAGGGCAUGCAGUGGAGCCUGUUGAAGGAGGAGGAGGUCAUCCCUCGCAUUCUGGCCAUGGAGGGUCGGCGGGGCCGGCCCCCAAACCCAGAGAGCCAGCGCCCAAUAGACGGGUCCCGAGUGAGACGCCGAAAGGGCCGACCCCCAAACGUGGGUGAGGGUGAGCUCCCAAGUGUCACUGAUGCCAAGCUUCUCCGAAAACUAGAAGCCCAAGAAAUAGCCCGCCAGGCAGCUCAGAUCAAAUUGAUGCGGAAACUUGAAAAACAGGCCCUGGCUCGAGCGGCCAAAGAAGCAAGGAAGCAACAAGCAAUUAUGGCUGCUGAGGAGAAGCGAAAACAAAAAGAGCAAAUUAAGAUUCUGAAACAGCAGGAGAAGAUUAAGCGGAUUCAGCAGAUCCGAAUGGAAAAGGAACUCCGUGCGCAGCAGAUUCUAGAAGCAAAAAGGAAAAAGAAGGAGGAAGCAGCAAAUGCCAAAAUUUUGGAGGCUGAGAAGCGAACAAAGGAGAAAGAAAUGAGAAGACAACAAGCUGUGAUAUUGAAGCAUCAGGAGUUGGAGAGGCAUAGACUAGAUAUGGUAUGGGAAAGGGAGAGACGGCGACAACACAUGAUGUUGAUGAAGGCGAUGGAGGCCAGGAAGAAAGCAGAGGAGCGGGAGCGCUUGAAGCAGGAGAAGCGAGAUGAGAAGCGGUUGAACAAGGAGAGAAAACUGGAACUUAGGAGGCUGGAACUGGAGAUGGCCAAGGAGCUGAAGAAGCCCAAUGAAGAUAUGUGUUUACCAGAUCAUAAGCCUCUUCCAGAGCUCUCCCGGAUCCCGGGCCUAGUGUUACCAGGGUCCACCUUCUCAGACUGCCUAAUGGUGAUGCAGUUUCUACGCAGCUUUGGAAAGGUUCUAGGUUUUGAUGUGAGCACUGAUGUGCCUAGCCUGGGCGUGCUGCAGGAAGGCCUGCUCAAUGUAGGCGAGAGCAUGGGUGAAGUGCAGGACCUGCUGGUGCGCAUGCUGUCUGCAGUGGUGUGCGACCCAGGACUGCCACCAGGCCACAGGACCAAAACAUCCCUAGGGGACCACCUAACCAAUGUGGGGAUCAACCGGGACAAUGUGUCAGAGAUUCUGCAGAUCUACAUGGAUGCACACUGUGCACAAACAGAGCUGGCUGAACUGGCAGAGAGUCUGAGGACCAAGGCCUUUCAGGCCCACACACCAGCUCAGAAAGCCUCCAUACUGGCCUUUUUGGUCAAUGAGCUGGCCUGCAGUAAGAGUGUUGUUAGUGAGAUAGACAAGAAUAUAGAUCACAUGACCAAUCUAAGGAGGGACAAGUGGGUGAUAGAAGGCAAGCUUCGCAAGCUUAGAAACAUUCAUGCAAAGAAGACCGGAAAGAGAGAGUCUGGUGUGGUGGGUGAUGAGGCUCAGGCACUGGGUACCCCUGUGGCGGGACGCAAACGCAAGCGCAAGGGAGGGGACAGUGAUGAAGAUGAUGACGAAGACUAUGACAGUGAUGACCAGGGCGAAGAUGAAGAGGAGGAGGAGGAGGAGGGGAAGAAAGGAAAGAAGCUGGAAACAUGUGAAGAUGAGGAUGAGGGUGACCAGGCUGCUAGCGUGGAAGAAUUAGAGAAGCAGAUAGACAAAUUAACAAAGCAACAGAGCCAGAUAAGGCGCAAGCUCUUUGAGGCAUCUCACUCCCUGCGCUCUAUGAUGUUUGGCCAGGACCGCUACAAACGCCGCUACUGGGUGCUGCCACAAUGCGGUGGUGUGUUCGUGGAAGGCAUGGAAAGUGGGGAAGGUCCAGAAGAGUUGCAGAAAGAAAAGGAAAGAUACAGACAGCAUGAAAGCAUGGGGACUGUUCAAAUCAAAGAGGAGCCCCCAGAGCCAUUGGAAGAGAAACCUCUGGAAAUUAGCCAGGAGGUUAACCUUUUGGAGGGAGAAUCAGCCCCUGAGGCUAGGAAUGAGAAGGACUCCCCAAACCUCUUCCUCCAGAAGCCAGGCUCCUUCUCAAAACUGAGCAAGCUCCUAGAGGUGGCCAAGAUGUCCCCAAAGUCUGAGGGACAGCAUCAGAAACAGAAUGGUUGCCCUGUUACGGUCACCAUGGUGAUGCCUUCUCCACCACACACUGGCCCUCAGAGCUCAUUGCCCAGCAGUGGCCAGCCAGCCCCCAUUGCACCUGGUGUAGAGCCCAAGCUGGACCCCAUCCCACCCCUCAUCGGUCCCCACUUCAGCAGUCCAAAUCAGGCAUGCAGCCCUCAACAGUCAUUGUCCAGCGACCAGCUCUUCCGUGUACUAACAGAGAAGAGUGGCCACUGGUUUAGCCUCCUACCCCGCUCUCCGUGUGAUGAGUCCUCUCUCACCAGCAUCCCCACACCUCCUGGAGCCUCCCCCAGGUCCUCUGCUGCCAGGCCCAAAUCGCCCACAUCCUCAUCACCUACCGCAUCCACACCAUCUGCAUCAGCGAGUCCUCACAAUCCCGGAGUUAUUGGUAACUUGGCACUGUCAUCUCUCCAGGUAAAACCUGGUAUUCAUGGAGUGGGACUUGGGUACUGUGGAUGGCCUGGUGGCAUGAGUCCAAACAUGACCUUCUCCAGUAGCUCUCAGCACCCUACACUGGGUCCAAUUUAUGUUCCGGGGGAAAGCAAUGGCAACCCUUUUUUGGCACCCAGUGUUUCUACUAGCAAGAGUGAGUCCCCAGUGCCCCCCAGUGAGAAGCCGUCAUCAGUUCCUUCCCCUGCUGUGGAAGUGGCCAAACCCCAGGACUACCAGACACCACAGCCCAUUCCAGAAGAAAUGCUGACAGGCUGGUGGAGAGUGGCUGAUAUGGAGGAGCUGCGGGCCUUGGUGAAGGCAUUACACAGUAGGGGCAUUAGGGAGAAGGCCCUGCAGAAGCAAAUCCAGAAACACAUGGAAUACAUAGCCCAAGCUUGUGCCAAGAACAGAGAUGCUGCCACAAUCGACAUGACUGAUCUUGAGGAGAACCAGGUGACAGAGGAAACUCUGGAGGGCUGGUGUGUUGAGGAGCAAGCCAUGGAAAUGGACAUUGCUAUCCUUCAACAGGUAGAAGAGCUGGAGAGGAAAGUGACUUCUGCCAGCCUUCAGGUCAAGGGAUGGAUUUACCCCGAGCCUCAGUCGGAAAGGGAAGAUUUGGUCUACCAUGAACACAAGCCUCGUACCCAGUUGAGCAUGGCAAAAGACAAGGAGGGCAGCAAUGAGCAGAAAGAGAGUGAAGAUGGCAACAUUGUUCGACGUGUGAACAACCCUCUAGAUAUAGCUGUAACCAGGCUGGCUGAAUUGGAAAAGAACAUUGAGCGAAGGUAUCUGAAGAGCCCCUUAAGUACCACCAUUCAGAUCAAACUGGAUAAUGUGGGUACAGUCACUGUCCCUGCUCCUGCACCAUCCAGUAGUGGUGAUGGUGAAGGAGGUGAAGAGGAUAUUGCCCCAGGGAUGAAGGUGUGGCGCAAAGCCUUGAGUGAGGUUCGAAGUGCCGCUCAGCUGGCACUUUGCAUCCAACAGCUGCAGAAGUCCAUUGCCUGGGAGAGGUCUAUAAUGAAAGUGUACUGUCAAUUUUGCCGAAAGGGAGAUAACGAGGAACUGCUCUUACUGUGCGAUGGCUGUGACAAAGGGUGUCACACUUACUGCCAUAGACCCAAGAUCACCACAAUACCAGAGGGUGACUGGUUUUGUCCUGCGUGCAUAUCAAAGGCGAGCGGUCAGUCCCCAAAGAAUAAAAAGCUGCAGAACCGGGCUGUGGUGCCAGGCAAGAAAACCACUGAGGUGAAACGAUGUAGGAAGCCAUCCGUGGCUGGAGAGAUCUCAGAGGAUGAUGCUGCAAGUUCCAGCAGUACUCCAAAGAAAGUGAUGAAGGACCCGAAGAAGAGAAAGGUGGAGGAGAAUCCUCCUCCUAAUCAGUUGAAACCAGACAGUCCUGCAUCUAUGAAGAAGACAAAAAUAAGAGAUAAUGACAAGGACCUGAUUUUAUGCAGCAUACUUCUCUCUGAGCUGGAGAGCCAUCAAGAUGCCUGGCCCUUUCUUACUCCUGUCAACCCCAAAUCCGUUCCUGGCUACAAGAAAGUUAUCAAGAAACCCAUGGACUUCUCCACUAUCCGUGAAAAGCUCAGCAGCAAUCAGUAUCAGAAUCUGGAAACAUUUAUCAUUGAUGUCAACCUGGUUUUUGAUAACUGUGAAAAGUUCAAUGAAGACAAUUCUGAUAUUGGACGAGCUGGACACAGCAUGAGGAAGUUUUUUGAGAGACGGUGGACUGAACUAUUGAAGACAAACUGAUCUCGUUUAGGUGUUAUUUCUGCUAUCUGGGACCAGCAGUUUCCAUUUCAGUUUUCAUCUUAGAAUACUUGUGAAAGUAUUGUACUGAGAUCUAUCUUACAAACAUGAGACUCAAAUGUCUUUCCUCCAGAAAUGAGGGCUCGUAAAAUGUCAAUUACUGAUACAUAACGCUGGCUUGGCUAGAACAGGGAAAACUCACCCAUAAGGUUUGUGACAAGGGUGUGUUAUUAGUGCAAUACCAUUUCUUAUAAGAAAUCGCACUGAAUUUACAACCAUCAGAGCUGUAAUUGGGGAAAGAACACUUUCCACUACUUGUAAAUAUAUAUUUUUGUUUUUUUUUUUUUACUUUACCCGUAAUAUUAUAGUGAAUGUAUUUAAUUUUGUUAAUUAUUUAUGAGUUAUAAGGUCCAGUCUUCAUUUUCUAUGAAAAGGAAGAAACAGCAAAAACUGCUUUAAGAUCUUAAGGAAUGUUUUUCAAUUAUAAACAAAGCCAAGAAAAAAAAACUGUUUACACUGUCGAGUGCCUCCAGGGCACCAGAAGAUUCAUUACGGUAAUACUGUAAAGCUGCAUUUAUAUAUAAAUGUUUUUGCAUCGCUCAGUUGCAUAUGACAUUGAGGCAACAGUGACACAUGUGUAUAUACUGUUUAUUAAUGUUAAUAUUAAGUCUUGUUUGGAAUAUGUAUGAUGUGUACAUAUUGUUUCAGACAUCAAAUAUGGUUUAUGCCUUAGAAUGAUUGUAGCAUUUUAUUUUAGUCCUAAAGUGAUUAUACAUAUAUUGCUUGUACAGUACAUAUCCUCUGCAAACACUGUGGUCUCCUUAAUCUUGGUAGUGCCUGCCUUUUCAACAGGGUGUAGGGGAUAUUAUUUUUUCCUCCCAUUUUUUCUAUUUUUUAUAUAAUUUUAACCCUCCCAGUUUCAAAUUCUGGCAUAAUCAUUUCUAUCCAUAUGAAAUAUAUUGCGAUGCACAGUAUUUUUCAUAAAAGCAUUUCGAUUUCCCUCCAUCUGCCUUGCCACCGACACAAAAAACAUUUGUAGCCACUGUGUUUGAAUCUUGCUGUGUGUCGUGGUCUACUGAGGGCAGCUAGAGCAGAUUUUUUUGUACCUGAGUCAGAGUACUUGAAGUUAUUUUAUUUAAAGAUAUUGUGGAAAAAAGUAGCAUUCUUUUGUAGGAGCAUUAUUUUUCACUAGUGUGUGUGGCACGGAUCUAAUAAAAGGAUGUUUUUCAA